UUUUUUUUUUUGUUAUACGCACAUGAGGUCUCUCUUUUUUUUUUCGCAAGAUAUAUUGCAACGAUAAGGGAAAGGAGCUUUUCUUUUCUUUCCUAUACUCUCCUUGCCACGGGGAAUUUUAUACCUUUUGCACGAAGCACCUUAAAUAUUACAAACACACGCUAUCCUCGCUCAAUUCUGCCUUUCGUUUUCUUCCCUUUUUGUCGAACAGUUUGAUAUUUUCACUAUAUAAAGCAAGCAGUAGUAGUUUAAUGGGUAAACCUCGAUCCUUCUACUGCUACCACAAUAACAACAGAUUCAACUCAAAUCAAUUUAAAGUUUCAAUAUAAACAAAUCGCAGCAUAUGCCGUUAAUCGCUAUCUAUUAUCACAAUACAACACCCAAUAACACACCUGUCUUUAGUCCAACAACAACAACAGCAGUGUCGGUCUCCAGCAGUAGCACGAACAGCAGCAAAUGGAAAAAGGGCUUAGCUGUUCUGUCUACAAAAUACCAAGAAAGUAAAAUGAAGUAUCUACACCAUCACAAAUUGUAUCAUCACCAUCUAGAUGACCAACUUUUAGUAGCAGCUGCGGCAACCGAGAAAGUACUAUGUCAUGUGAACACCAACGAUAGCAAUUACCAGCAUCAUAUUGACCAUGCACCUACAACUCACAGCGUACACUUCGACAACAGCAGUACUAGUUAUUAUACCAUUAAAUCAUUUUCUAAUAUCCAGCAAUUCCAUCACCAAGCCAUUACAACAACAACUGCAACUACUGCCUCUACCACUACUACUACUACUACUACUACUACUACUGUAAAUACCAGUAAUGCUUCUGCUGACGUUACUACUGUUUCUCCCUCCAGCAGCAAUGAUGUUCAGUGCGGGAACUUGACAGCUAAAGAAUUUGCCCAAAUGGCGGGAAUAAAAAUUAAAUCAGCGCAUGAUUUCGAAUUGGAACAACAACAACAACAAUAUACCACAACAAGCAGCGUAUUGCCUACAACUACAAUGAUGACAACUAUGACAACCUACUCAACCAGAACAGCUUUUUCAACAAAGAGUAUUCAACAGCAACCUCACAUUUGGGACUCUGUUUUCUGGCAAUCUGAUAAAGAAGGCUCUUCUCUUCCGACAAAAGAAGCACAAACUCUGAAGGAGGAUAAUAUUAAAAAUCAACGAAAUCAGCAGCUAUCACAGCAGCAAGAACCAUCCGAUCCUAUACAACCAUAUAAUACCCCCAUCUUGUCUCGAACUAGAAAAAAGCAAAACGUUAUCCAUAAAGGUCGAUUCGAGAUUGUUGUAGGCGAUGAAGAUGUGAAACAAGAAAAGAAUAUUAACGGUGCCAGCGUACAAGAACCGCAGAAUCUUGGAUCGCAGAAGAAACCGACCGUAGUUGAAUGGAAGCGAAAACGAUCAGAUUCUUGCGCUGUUCCUAACAAUAUACCAAGAAAACGUACUUGAUUUUAAUCUUCACUAAUCAUUUUACACUUACAUAUCCAUAAUGUUCUUCCUUCCCUAUGUAUAUAAAUAAAUUUUGCUUUUUGCACGCUUCUAGUUACUAUAUCCAUAACUACUGC